UCUGAUCGAAUUGCCACCGGCGUGAUGGUCUCACUGUCUGAGUUAAAUCUUUAGUAAAGAUUCAAUUUUCAAGUUUCCCUCCAUCACCUGCUCGAGGCCGUCCAGGGGGAAGUCCACGGCGAUGGCGUCAACCUCCGCUCCCCGAUCCUCGCUAAGUUCUGCAGCGUCGAGAAUCGCAACCGCGGCUUCCAACCUCUCUUCUGAUAGCCAAACCCUAAUAGCGGAAAUCCGGAAAUCCUUUGGUAUAAUCAAAGGGAUUGCGGUCGAUCUGGAGAAGGCGCAACGGUCGGACAAGGUAAAGGAGUUGGAGAAUACUGUCCUUGAGUUGCUGGAGUCCUGCGAUGACUGCACCAACUUGUCAGAGGCAAUCAGAGGUGUUGGUAAUAAUUACCAGCCUUCAGGUCAGCCUACUGAUUUUGGCAAACUUUUGGAGGAUAAAAUUGCGACGCUUAAGGAAGAAUCACCUUUUGUUCCUCAGAACAAUCCUUUGUAUCGCCAAUUCAAGGAGGCCAUAUGGAAUGUUCACCAUGUGGGUCAGCCAAUGCCCGGUGAAGAGCAGGAAGAUAUUGUCAUGACCAGUACUCAGAAUAUCUUGCUAAACAUGACAUGUCCAUUAACUGGAAAGCCAGUCAUUGAACUUGAGAAUCCAAUCCGAUGCAUGGACUGUAAGCAUAUCUAUGAGAAGGAUCCAGUAAUGCAUUAUAUUAGAACUAAAGGACAAGCUCUAUGUCCUGUUGCAGGAUGUCCAAAGUUCUUGCAAGAGGGAAGACUGAUCUGUGAUCCAUUGCUUCGGAUUGAAAUUGAAGAAAUUCGUGCAGCUUGUACAUCAAAUAAAGCAGUCACUAAUGUUGAGGAUUACACUGAAAUUAAUGACGACAUAGAUUGAGAUAUGAAGCAAUGUAUGAUCGUCAGAGAGUACAAACCAAGUAAAUAUUAGAUCUUAGUCUCCUUUUAUCGCUACUUGACUUCACUGUUACAUAUUCCUGAUUUUGUUUAUAAGCUGUUCUUUCUAUUA